AUGUCAGAAGGAUUGAGAGAGCGAAAAAAGGUCUUUCUGACUCAUGUCGACAAUGACCAUAAUUCUGGAGACCAACAAUUGGUUGGGAAAAGAGCAGCCUCGCCUAGACUCUUCAGGAUCCUGGUCGUGGUACCUGUUCUUGCAAUAGUUGCGUUAUGGAUAGUCACAUUCAAUUAUUUCGAAAGAGUUCGGGUGAAAAAUGCAUUGAAUGCGUGCUCAUGGGAAACCUGGGAAGGAUGGGAAGGGGAGCAGGCAAACACUAGACCGCACAGAUUGGCCAUUUUGGCCGAUCCUCAACUUGUAGACGACCAUACCUAUCCGCACUUGCCCAAGAUAAUUGACAAAAUUCUUCGCAAAUUGGGCGACAAUUAUCUCCAUUACAACUACAAGUAUUUGCAGAGCGAGCUUCAGCCCGACUCCACUUUGUUCAUUGGCGAUCUCUUUGAUGGUGGUCGUGAUUGGGACGAUCAACCCUGGAUCGAGGAGUUUGAGCGGUUCAAUAGAAUCUUCCCGCAAUAUGCGGGCCACAGAAGUUUUCGCGGGCUUCCUGGUAAUCACGAUAUUGGCUUUCAAAAUAUUUCUGUGGCUACCAGAAAGAGAUUUGCCGCUCAUUUUGGCGAGCUGAAUGACUUCUAUGUUUUGGGAAAUCACACCUUUCUCCAAUUCGACACAAUCUCGUACUCUCACGAGGAUCCUGAGGUUCACACGGAGUCUCGUGAAUACGUUGAAGCUAUCAAAUCUGCCAUUGACCCUCUGUUGCCCAAGAUCAUGCUCACACAUGUACCUUUGUUCCGGGAUCCAAAGGUCGAGACAUGUGGUCCUGGACGCGAGUCCCAAAAAUUAUUCCCGCUCAUGCGUGGAGUGCAAUAUCAAACAGUUAUUGAUUAUUGGGUCACGGACAAGCUCCUUCAUGAAUUUGAUCCACUAAUCGUCUUCAGCGGAGACGAUCAUGACUACUGUGACAUGACGCAUCUCGAUUAUGAUGACCAGUCAAAAUAUCUAGCUCGUGAAAUUUCUUGUAAAACACCUUCAAUGACCAACGGCAUCAGGUUCCCAGCAUAUCAAUUGCUCUCCUUAAAUAACCCAGUACUGAAUGAAGCUGGUACGAAUGCUUUUGAAAAGACUUACGAAACCAAAAUGUGCUAUCUACCCACACCAUAUGUGAAUGUCAAGGUCUAUGCAUUCGGCUAUAUUGCUACGUGCAUUCUUUGGUGGUUACUAGUUUUCAGAUCGGCAAGUGGCACUCAGAGCGUGUCUCCAGGUGCUUCACGCAAGCCUGCUGACUACAUUUCCUUUUCAUUUCAAUGCAUUGUCAUUUUGGGUUUCAUUUUAUAUCUUUUGUCAUUAUACGUCGACAUGUAA